UAGAAAUUUUCUCUACAGUAUUUAGACUUUGCCAUACAUGAACAAUAGGCUCUUAUAAAGCUGAGGUAUGUAGUGGAGGGGGUGUGGCCCCUCAGGUGCUCUGGAGGUAAUACUCUCCUGAGGUGACUCAUUCUCACACACACCUUAAACAGUGCACAUGGUGCUCUUUCGUCUAAACAUCAACUCGGCCUGACAACACACUGUGGGAGUAGAACAAGCGCUGCAGUGAAUGCAAUCAGAUUUUUUUUUAAAUGUAAAUUACUUCAGUUUUUUGGAGCUGGAUUGAAAGAAAGUGAGUUUUGGACAGGAACCACCUUUUUUGCGGGGAUCUUUAGCUCCCUCUCUCCAGGAUCAAUUCCGUCGGCCCAGGAGCUAAAAUAUUUCACAAUAUUCGCAGCACAUUUAUUUGCAGGUUUCCCUGUUUUGAGUGGACAAUGACAAUGCCGGUGGUGAAAACGAAGAAAAAUUCUCCAGCAGAAACUCUGUCCGACUCCAACACUGCACCACAGAGUGAGGAGCAGCCCAGAGGUCGGAGGCGGAAGAGACCUCUGCAGCGAGGAAAACCUCCUUACAGCUACAUCGCUCUCAUCUCCAUGGCCAUAGCAAACUCCCCUGACCGCAAACUGACACUGGGGGGCAUCUACAAAUUCAUCACAGAGCGCUUCCCCUUCUACCGAGACAACUCAAAGAAGUGGCAAAACUCCAUCCGCCAUAACUUGACUCUUAAUGAUUGUUUUAUCAAGAUCCCACGAGAACCCGGGCGACCAGGAAAGGGCAACUACUGGGCACUGGAUCCAAAUGCCGAAGAUAUGUUCGAGAGUGGCAGCUUCCUGCGGCGGAGGAAGAGGUUUAAGCGCUGUGACUUGACCACUUAUGCCUCAUACGUGCACGAGACACCAGUUUUCUCUCCAGUCCAGAUUGCCAGGUCUUAUUCCAACACAGUUUACCCCAAUAUGACAGUGAGUCCUACAUAUGGGCAGCAGAUUCCAUCCAACUACUAUCCGUCCACCUCGCCCUCCGGGUUCGGACCAGCUCAGACCCGUAUGUUCAGCAUUAAUCUCAUGGGUCACCCCUCAACAGCCAGCAUGCUGGGAGGUCAAGGGUCAGACGUCAUGCAGCAGCACAGCAGGAGCCCGGAAGGUCUUCAAAAUGGAUCCAGUCCAUGUAACCUCUCGGCCCCAGCUUUCCCGAGUCAACACUGUGGAGGAGCCGUGGUGUCCCGGUCCUCCACACAUCCCGGGUUCACCUACUCUGGGCCAAAUAUCCAUUCACACCACAGUGCCCACCAGGGCUCAUAUGGACAGAGCCAUGUCCAGGGGUACACAACAGGACGCCUUCACGCCUCAGCCCACGGAGCUGCUGAGUCUCUGGACCAUUACGGCAGGAUCUCUCCAGUGCAGCUGGGUUCCUUGUCACAGUACAACAGCGCUACAUGUCCGAUCGGCAACACCGGGAGUUACCUGAGACACCCCACGUACCCAGGUAACUUAGACCGAUUUGUGUCAGCUAUCUGAAAUAGUGACAGUCACAGCAACAGACUUCGGUCUUAACAGAACAUCAGGGCAGCAACAAGUGAGCCAGACAGUUCUCCACACAAACAUGACUGGUGGACUGAGGAGAACAAACUUGUUAUAAUCUACUCGUGAAGACAGACAUUUUUUGAACUUUUGUUUUGAAGCCACUUCUGUUUGUUAAAGAUCAAACUAAAAAAAAAAAAAG